AGAGCCAAAAAGAGAAGAGAGAGAGAGAAUUAACUUCGUGUAUGUUCUUAUGAUAAUAAAUUAAAUAAAUGAAAGAAAUGAUUAAUUUCUUCAAAUAUUCAAAUGGCUAAUACAUUUUUUGACUUCGGUUCGACUUUGAACAAUCAGGAAAGUUUACUUCCACCAGAUGAAGAUGAUUGUUUAGAAAAUGAAGAGGAAUAUGAUGCACUCAAUGAUGAGACAUUUGGAGCAACAGAGGAUUCUUCAAUCCUUGAUGAUUGGGAAGAGCAACACGAACAAUUUGCUGAAUUUGCUAAAAGUUCUAAGCAUUCUGAACACUUAGAGAACUCCAUAUCACAGCUAGUUUUAGAUGAACCUGAGCAUCGCGUAUCCUUAUCUAACUCGGUGUGGUCUUACACACCUUCCGAUAAAACUGACAACAGUUUCAAUUCCUCAGUUCUUUCAUCAUUGCGGAAAGCUUCUCAAUCAUUUAUUGAAGCACAUACAGAUAGUUCAUCAAAAUCCGUUAGCAGUUUAGAUAGCACUCCAUCAUUGUUAGCUACUCAACCUAAAAAAAUAUGCACUGUGGAAGAGAUAGAGAAGAACCUUAUCAAAUCUUCACAAAAUGCUGCUACAUCAUCAAAACCACUCCAGGAGCACCAUCAAAUUCAUCAACAACAGCAAUUACCUAAGCCACUAUUACCCCCGCCAGGACAUUCAUAUCAUUCAUUGAUGCAGCACCCAUUGGUAAAUACGAGAUUACCACCACCAGGCUUACCUCCAAUGAAUAUUCCACCUCCAGGAUUAGGCCCCUUGAAACAACAGAUUAACCAUCGCCCUAAUAUGCUACCUCCUGGUAUGUUGCGAUUGAUACCUCCUCACUCGUUUAUGCAACCUAAUGGCCCUCCAAGGCCACCAGGAUUCAUGUAUCCCCCUGGAAGCAUGCAGAAUCAGUUUCCU